GGCGGGGCGGCGCCAGGCCGCUCGGGUUGGUUGCGCCGGCCAGUGGCGGGUGCGAGGGAGUGCGGGGGGAGGGGUGGGGGGGGGUCCUGAGGCGCCGCUGUCACCGCCGCCUUCCCGCCCAGGCCCGCGGAGCCAGGCGAGCCCGGCGCAGCCCCGUCCGCCCGCGGCGCGGCGCGGCAGGACCAUGUCGGCCACGGACGAGCGGGCCAAGGAGAUUCUCAGGGGCUUCAAGCUAAAUUGGAUGAACCUUCGGGAUGCAGAAACAGGGAAAAUCCUCUGGCAAGGAACAGAAGAUCUGUCUGUACCUGGAGUGGAGCAUGAAGCUCGAGUUCCUAAAAAAAUCCUGAAAUGCAAAGCAGUGUCUCGGGAGUUAAACUUUUCCUCAGCAGAACAAAUGGAAAAAUUCCGACUGGAACAGAAAGUUUAUUUCAAAGGGCAGUGUCUAGAAGAAUGGUUCUUUGAAUUUGGUUUUGUGAUCCCUAACUCCACAAACACUUGGCAGUCCUUGAUAGAGGCAGCACCUGAAUCACAGAUGAUGCCAGCUAACGUUUUAACUGGUAAUGUUAUUAUAGAAACCAAGUUCUAUGAUGACGACCUCCUCGUAAGCACUUCCAGAGUGAGACUUUUCUACGUUUGAGAUGGGGCUUUUUGGGGCUCUUUUAGUUUUCCUCCAUACAGUUCUUGGUGCAGAACCCCCUGACUAUCCAGUGGAAGACACUUCCUGUAGGCGGUGACCCUGGGGACCAGCUCAACGUGGGUUGUGACCUUUGCCCAUCAGUUAUUUUGCUUUGUCCUCUGACAAGACCAGACUAAACCCUCAGAGACAUGACCAUCUGCUCAGCGAUGGGUUGGGGAAUAAAGACUGUCUCUGAAAAUGGGCAAAAAAUGGUCAUGCAGAACCAAUACUGUAAAUUAUGUUUAGUCUCAUCCUUUGUACUUCUCUGGAUCUUGUUAUAAUCUCCCAUUUCCACUCACACCAACUCUCAAUGCAUUUUGGUUUUUGGGGAUUAAGUUAACCUUUUCAUUUCUCAUGUUUUAGUUUUUUAUCCUUUCACUGGAUUUCUGUGUAACUGGUCCACACGUCCUCUUACCCUGAACUUGUAAAAUAGACUGUGAUAUCACCUAAUGUAAUUAAAACAAAUUUCUCAAGUAAAACAUUCCUACCGUCCAAAGAAGGAAA